AUGGCGCGUCGAUCUUCUCGAGUGCUGGAUCAAAGUACACUUCCUCCUCGGCUCUUAGCAAGAAAAGCUGCGGCGAAAAAGGCCUUGGAGAAAGCGGCAUCUUCAUCAUCGCCUCUCAAGAGUAAAGGUCGAGCAAAACCUGCAAAGACGAAAAGUGCGACGGCUGCAGGAGCGAAGACAAAAGGCACGACGGUUACUGGAGCGGGCGUUAAGAAGAGCUCACCUAAAAAGAAAGGAAUGGCAAAGCUCAUAGGCCCGCGCAAAAAGAAACGCGUUACACCUACCAAACCCUCACAAACUACACCAUCGUCCCAAGGAUCCGGUCCAGAAACUGUUUUCAAUGAUGAGCUCAAUAGUGAAGCGCCUGAGUACGAGGUCGAAGAGAUCUUGGACUCGAAAAAGAAGGGCAACAAGCGCUGGUACCUGGUCAAAUGGGUUAGGUAG